UUCCUCCCUACUGCCCUUGUAAAAAAAAAACUCCUCCAGGGUUAGUGGAAUGAAUAUAUCCUUCCUUUUUAUUUGAUCAGUCCUAAACACCGGACUGUAAUCAGAUAUCAGUAAAUCAUUAAUAGUAAGAAAUCCCGUAUAUUAUUGGACUUUAUUGUGGAUUAUAUAAACAGGGCACUUCACGAAGGAGAACUAGGCGGGUGCGACGAGGGAUCGAGGGACGCCGCCAUAUUUGCUCUUGCUAGCUAGUGCACUACGAGAUACGUGCUUUGUUUCGUGUACCCUUCAUUUUAGUACCCUUGUAUUUGUUCAUGAUGGAAGCGAUGGAUAAAAGGCCUUUUGGUUCAGAAUAUAACUAUAAAAGUAAGUUUUAUGCUAACAACAAAUGUCGUUUUCAAACAUUUGUGUUAACCUAAUUGUUUAUGUUAAGCAUAGGCUAUUAUUUUGCGACGUCGCAGAGUUGGAGUCUGUUAAAGUUAUCAAAGUUAUUUGUGUGCUGCUGAUGGAUAUGCUAACAUUGUUGUAUUUUUUUCCCCAAUAAGUGUCGGAAAAUGACAUAUCCAGAUUGAUCAAAUUGCGUGCAACGAAUGACGCCAUCUUCACUGGGAAGAGAAACUCUGCCAUGCCUGCCUGGAGGUGAGUGAUACAAUGAUGCUCAAAACAAAAGUGGAUGUUUGUUGGCUUUGGUAAUGACAAUUAGUUGUGGCUUUCAGCUAUAGGCCUACCUCAAAAUGAACUGUCUGGUAUGCCUCUUGUUUACUGUAUUUGAUAUGAGAAAAUGUUCUAUUUUAUCAGUUUUGUUGAUAAAUCAAUGUUGAAUCACUGAUGUGCUUUUCCUGACAAAAAUAUAAUUUGAAAAACAUGUAGGCCUAUGGGAAAGUCAGUCUGUUAAGAGCAAGUAAUGAAGAUUAAACCCUAUCAAUAUCUGACUUAACACACUUUGAUUCUGCAGAGCAAUGUUAGUGGAGUUGGGUCUCGAAGGAAAGCUUACAACUGGGCAAUUGAAAAAGAAGUGGGAAAACCUUAAAAAGAAAUAUAAGGUAAUGAUUAUGAAUGCAUGUGAGAGCAGGCAACACCCUUGGCCCUAACUCAAGAUUUAUUCUCAUUUAUUUGACUCACUCUUGAACACAGAUUCCAGGCUUUGAUUCCAGCCCAGUACUAACCCCUUUAACUAAUCAAGGGCUCAAUGAUGCGUUUAAUCAAGUGUGUGUCAUAACCAUAAGGCCUGGGAACAAAUCCUGCAAAGACAAGUAAUAGAACAUUAACCUGAUUGUACCCUUUGUCCUCUUUCUGUGUAGGAUUUUAAGUACCCUCCUCUUGGCAUGGAGAAAGUCAAUCCAAUGUCCUGGCGUUGGUUCCACCUCAUGGACGAUGCCAUCGAGGGCCGCCUAUCUGGGUCUGCCCGUAUCCUAAACCCUUCACUGUUUGAUUUUGGGGAAGUUGGGGACGUUUCAUUUGCGUCCUCUCCCACUACCUCUCCCAUAGCCAACAAGAGACUUUGUAUGAGGCCGGAGGGGGGUGAGGGGACAAACAUUUUUGAGUUCUGGGCCAAAGCACAGUUGGGGGAGAGUGUUGGGGCUGCGAGCACGGUAGCAGAUGGACAGGUGGCGUACACAGACGCAGCUACAGAGGAGAUCCGGAGGGCCGCAGUGGAGUGUGAGAGGGCCCUGCGAGAGGAGGGCAGGGGUGGGGUUCAGAACGAGAGGGCCGCGCCUGACAAGAUGCCAGUGGGUGGGUACGGGAGGACCAUGGCUGAGGACGUAGAGACCAUAGCUGAAGAUGGAAGAGCCAUGUUGGUGAGAAAUCCUGGCAGGAACAUUGAGAGGGAGACUGCUGAACUAGAGCGACAGAUAGCAGAUUUGGAGAAGGAGAGAGAAGUGUUAGAGAGGGAGCAGGCUGACUUUGACAGGGAGAGGUUAAUACUGGACAGAGAGAGGGAUGUGGUGAACAGAGAGAGGGUGGCUGUUGAGCGAGGCAGAGCGUCACUGGACAAGGACAGAGCGGCGAUGGAUAGGGAGCGAGCGGCAAUGGAACGGGAGCGAGCCAUACUGGACAGGGAUAGGGCGUCAAUCGAGAGAGAGCGGACAGAGCUGCAGAAAGAAAAGGAAGCCCUAAUGAAAAGCAAGAUUUCCAGGAACAACGGCUCUGCUGAUGUAGAGCUGGACUCAUCUACUAUAGAGAAGAGAGAAAGACUGCUUUCCAUAUUUGAGAGACUUGUUGAUAAGCUGUGA